GGUAGAGGUCAGUAUGGAGCUUGCGGAAUGAGCCGAGGAUUGCCGAUUGAGUUUCAAGCACAAGAAUCACAAAUUAAUUACACUUCACUUUGUUCAUUCAGAUGCUGAAUACCGAAAAAAUUCUUAAACGAUAUCUUUAGACAUCAUUCACUGGAUCAGGCUGCCUCUCCACGGUUUUUAAGCGUAAAUGACCGAGUUAUCGUGUCCCAAAGACUGUGUUGGCACAACUGCCACUAGAUGUCAGCGCUGGACACGCAGCAGGUGGGGUAGAAUUAUUUACAGCUUAAUAUUUAAUUAUUUAGUGCUAAAUAUCAAAGGCUUUUAGUGAUGAGAGCUUUACUAUAUGGACAGACUGAUAUGAUACAACGAUGAUGCUGACUGGCACACACAAUGGGGGAUAAGGAAGUUUCUCCAUUGAAGUGAAUCACACAACCUUUACUAUGAUCAUUUCUUUUGUGCUAGACAACUAAAGAAAAGCAAAACUACAGGAAAAAAACCCACGGAAACGAGACCAGGCAGAGAGCAGUUAAUUUAUUUAGUCAUUAAAUCUGGCCAUGUCAACGUGGAUGCCAGUGCCAGCAUUGCUGUCAACCAGAGAAGAUUCUGCAUAAUGUCACCAGUGCACAUUAACUGUUAAAGACCCACAUCCAUGAACAUUUAUUCAUGUAGAUAUUCACUCUAGGAAGUUGCUGUAUACAUAUAUAAAUACAUAUAACUUAUCGACCACCAUCAUACGAGAUUGCAUCCAGAUCAUCACCUGGAGUAACAGUUAAUAACUGAAAUAAUUUAUUUUGGAAUAGAGGUGCUCAUAGAGACGAGAUGGAAAAACAGGAGAGAGCCUCCUAUUUAAAGAUAUUCCUAGUGGUCAUGAACUACUGGACGAUGUCCAUAUCAAUGGUGUUUGCCAACAAGUAUCUGGUGGGGAGUCGGUUCUCCUCCCUGGAUUUGUCUCUCUUUGUAGCCUUCUUUCAGUGCAUCAUCAGUGUCGUAUUCGUACUGUUCUACACACGGGCUGGGAAAAUGUGCUAUCCUGACAUCCAUCCAAUCAGCUACAGUCCCAGUAUAGGAUUAUCGCGGAAUAUGGUCGUGUUAUCGGGACUUUUUGUCGGCAUGCUGUCUUUCAAUAACUUGUGCCUAAAGCAUGUAGGCGUGGCUUUCUUCCAAAUAGCACGUUCUAUGACUUUGAUAUUCACAGUUAUGUUUUCGGCAAUUAUUCUUAAGAAGUACUCUUCCUGGAAGGCAAUUUGCUGCUGCCUUGUCGUGGUUGGAGGAUUCAUUUUAGGCGUAGAUCAAGAAAAAGUUGCGGGGACGUUGUCGGUCCGCGGUGUGAUGUACGGCGUGACCACGAGUGUCUUCGUGGCUCUGGUUGGCAUCACCAUCAAAAAAGCACUGGAUAUUGUCGACAAGGAUUCGGCCAGAGUGACGUUCUACAACAACUUCAACGCGGCCAUGUUGUUCACCCCAUUAGUGAUAGCAAGUGGGGAAUUAGAAGCCUUCUGGCUGUCGGACAAAGCCAGCGAUGUGUACUUCUGGAUGGCCAUGGUUGUAUCGGGUAUUUUGGGCUUUCUCAUUGCGUGGGCCAGCGCCUUGCAGAUUCACUACACCUCCCCAGUGACUCACCAUGUGAGCAAUAAUGCUAAGUCUGUGGUACAGACAAUUAUGGCAGUGACUAUCUAUCAGGAGAGUAAACCCUGGUUGUGGUGGGUGAGCAAUAUAAUGGUGAUGACCGGAGCACUGGCAUAUGCUCUCGUGAAAAUGAAGGAGGAAAAGAACCAAAGACAGAUUGAGGACAAUCUAGCCAAAGGGGAGCAUCAAAGCGGAUCGAAAGUAUCGAAUCAUGUGAUAUGAGGCACAAGUGUGUGAUGUCACAGCAUGUCAUGUCACUGGAGCUGUGACAUCACAGUGCGUCAUGUGAUUAUGGGGCUAUGGGAUUUCACACUUGUUAAACAAGGGGCAGUUGUGUUAACACACUGUGUUAUAUGAUAGCAUCUGUGACAUGUCAAGAUAUGAGAGACACAUGAAGUCCUGUGAUGUCAAACAACAGGAGCUGUGACAUUAUAGUGCAUUAUAUAUAUAUAUAUAUAUAGAGAGAGAGAGAGAGAGAGAGAGAGAGAGAGAGA